AUGCUUCGAAUUCGCAGAUACCGGUACUUUGUGGUUUUUGCCGCCCUCGUACUGUUCCUUCUCUAUCGCGUCACCAAGGACAGCGAGCAGUGGGAAGGCCUCAGCACCCCUCUUCCGUUCACACCCAUCAACAAGUCGCCGCCAGAAGUCGGACAUGCCGGUGCCCCGAGCAGGGCCGACACAGCUGUGUCGCAAGACGACGUUGCGGGCAGCCGGUCGGCGCCGCUCUACCAAGAUGCGCGCGGAGAGGAACAAGCCCCCAUCAAGAUCCCCAACCUGAAAUCAGCCCCGGACAUUAAACCGGGCAAAUAUGACUUACCCACCACGACGAAACCCCCCAUCAAGGCAACUCAAGAGGUUACCCAAAACACCGAAGCCUCCAAGACCACAGAGGCACCUGUGAUCGACAUCCCCGAUAGGAAGACGCCGCACGACGAGUGGAACAACAAUGGGAAACACAAUCACAACCCUCCAGCUGGUCGCGAGGGCAGGAUGUCGACGUCGACCACCACCACCAUCCACUGGAGCAAGCAGCCCGAGCACUUCCCCGUCUUCUCCGACUCCAUCAUCCCCCUGCCAACCGGGAAGCCGAAGUCGGUACCCAAGAUACAACACGCCUUCCACGAAGAGACGGCAGAGGCGCGCCAGAAGCGCAUCCAUCGCCUCAACAAAGUCAAGGCGGAGAUGGAGCGAGCCUGGACCGGAUACAAGACGUAUGCUUGGAUGCAUGAUGAGCUGUCGCCCGUAACCAAGAAGUCGCGCGACCCAUUUUGUGGAUGGGCUGCUACUCUCGUCGAUUCGCUAGAUACGUUGUGGAUCAUGGGCAUGAAGGACGAGUUUGAGGAAGCCGUCAAGGCUGUCGCCAACAUCGACUUCACGUACUCGCCUCAACGCGCCGAGAUUCCUGUUUUCGAGACGACGAUUCGAUACCUCGGUGGGUUGCUGGGCGCAUACGAUGUCAGUGGGGGCAAAGCAGGCGGAUACAAUAUCCUGCUCGACAAGGCGGUCGAGCUCGCUGAAAUCCUCAUGGGCGUCUUUGAUACGCCAAACCGCAUGCCUGUGCUGUAUUACCAUUGGAAGCCGGCUCAUGCGUCACAGCCAAAGCGCGCGGAGACCGGAAUCAGUAUAGCAGAGCUUGGUUCUCUCGCCAUGGAGUUCACACGCCUGGCCCAGGUGACCCAGGAGGAUAAGUACUAUGAUGCUGUUGCGCGCAUCACCGAUGCUUUUGAGGAUUGGCAGAAUCGGGGAACCUCGAUCCCCGGCAUAUUCCCUGAGCGGGUUGAUGCCACUGGCUGCAACCGGACUGCGGCUGCAGACGCAGCUGCGGAGCUUGCUAAAGCGGUCAUCGACCAACCCCAGGGUGCCUUGGAUACACCCGAGGGCUACACGGGUCGGGAGUACAGCUCGAGACCAAGCAAGUCUAAGACCUCACCCGCCCACGCGUCGGAUUCCGAGUUUGUAGUCGUACCGGGCGAAAAGGAAGGCCGGCCUAGCAAAGGCGAGUUCCAUGCUUUGGAUCGUCGAUCGGGACCGGUCGAAAUGGCACAAGAUGCGCCGUCCGCCGAAAAACCGAAUGAUUCUUCGUUCGCAGAGAAAAAGCUUCAAUCGAAGAAGCCUAAAGGUCCCGCACCCCCUGAGAUCUAUCAAAAAAUGAUGAGAAAUCAACAAACGAGCGAGCCAUUCAACAUCGAGGAGUUCGGCACCGAUUACUGCUUCCCGCAAGGUUUGGCUCCAGCGGCAUGGGGAUCGGAAAGCUACAGCAUGGGCGGCAGUCAGGAUUCGACUUACGAGUACUUCCCUAAGCAGUUCCUACUGCUGGGCGGACUCGAGCCGAAGUACAAGUCGAUGCACUUGAAGGUGGCCGAUGCUGUCAAGAAAUGGCUUCUCUAUCGGCCCAUGGUUCCCGGCGACCGAGACAUCCUCUUCAGUGCGAAGCUUAGUACGCGCGGACAUCCUGAAAAAGACGUUACGACCCAGUUUGAGGUUACACACCUUACUUGCUUCAUUGGCGGCAUGUUUGGCAUGGCGGGCAAGAUAUUCGAGGAUACUGUUGAUGUCGAGAUUGGGAAGAAAUUGACGGAUGGCUGUGUCUGGGCGUACGAGAGCAUGCCGACCGGCAUCAUGCCCGAGGGCGCAUCAGUCGUACCUUGUUCAAAUGUGCAUGACUGCCAUUGGAACGAAACUGUGUGGCAGCAGUAUCUGGACCCCUUGUGGGAUACCAGGGAUUUGCAGAUUCAGGAUUUCGAGCUGCGACAAGCAGAACUGAAGAAGCUGAAGGCCGAGAUGAAGCAAGACGAGUUGCGUAGAGAGGUGAAGGCGAAGACUUUUGUUGAGGAGGAUGAGGAGGAGGAAGCCAGGAGGUCUUGGAAAGCCACCGUCGUUGCCGAUGAGUCCGUCGACAGCGCUGCUGGGUAUCAGGCCAAGAAGCAGAAAGGCGAAAGUGCGGGGACACCAAAUCUCAGGAAGCGCAAGAUGAAUCCAAUCACGGACGACGAUGGAGUCGAGACGAGCUCGAACGACAAUCUGCCGCCGAAUAAGAAGAUCUCGUACCAGGAGGAUGAAGAUGUUUCGACGAGGGCAGGGUCUGACAAGAUCGGCCAGCAUCUCCAAGGCGAGCUCAAACUCGGUGCUGCCCAGAUCCCUUUGACGGAUGCUGAUGAUACGGCUGUGGUGCCGGAGCCCGCGAGGCCGCUUUCGCACGAGGAGUAUGUCGAGAAUCGCCUUAAGACCGAGAAGCUACCACCUGGCUUCGUAAGCAUCAACCAUAGGCGUUAUAUCCUCAGACCCGAAGCGAUCGAAUCCGUGUGGUACAUGUACCGCAUCACCGGUGACACCAAGUGGCAAGAAAAGGGUUGGAGGAUGUUCGAGGCCAUCAUCUCGGCGACACAGACGGAAGCCGGCCACAGCGCCAUCAACGAUGUGCUGACUCCAAACUCGGACCAAGUCAACGAGAUGGAGAGCUUCUGGCUCGCAGAGACGUUGAAGUACUUUUACCUCUUAUACAGCGCGCCGGAUGUGAUCAGUCUAGACGAGUGGGUGUUGAAUACUGAGGCACAUCCUUUCAAGCGGCCGACGUGA